AUGAUGGAGUCACCCAACAAGAGACACAAGACAGCUUCGCCGGCAUUGGAUGCGCAGAACGACUUCGUUCCUUUAGCCGCACAGGACAACAAAGAAGCAGCAUAUGGCUAUGGAGAAGCUUCAAAUCAAUCCUUUCAGGCACCACGAGAACCGCGCGGAUUCUACCAAGGCCACCACGGUCAUGCACGAGGUGGACAUGGACCUCGUCAUGUGGAAGAUCGGCCCAAAUCAAAGCAUCUACUGCCGGGCUACGAGCCAUGGAUUCUGGUCAAGACGAAACUGCGACGACGCUUCGUGCACAACACCGAGACGAAGGAAAGCUUCUGGUUCAUUCCCAAGGAUGUCAUGCCCGGCGUCAUUGAUUUCGACAGGUGGGAGGUGGAGCAGAAGGAAAAGGCUGCGAAUGCGAAAUGGGCAGAGGAGCAGCUCAAGGAAAUGCGUGAGCAGAGCAAGGCCGUCGAAAUCAACAAGGCGGCAGACGCAGAGGGAAGAAGUCGACGGCGGCGAAGUGAGAGUUUGCAGCGGGAAGAUGAGGCGGCCAUGCUGGCAGAAUUAGCUGCUCAGGCCGAGCAUGGAGAGGAGCAUGACAUUAAACAGGCUGUGCAGGCUGUGCAGCAUACCGAAGCUGGCUAUAAUAGUGACAGCUCGUACGAAGAGGUUGAGGUGACAGAUUCCGAGGGCGAAGAAGACGAUCCCAAUAAAGCCUCAAGUAGUGGAGAUCGGGGGCAGCAUGCCGAAGCUGGGCAAAUGGAUGUCCAGGAGGGAGGGGAUGAAGCACCUGUGGAAUUCGGCGAGGACGACAUUGCCUGGCAACUGGAAGCGAUGGGAGAAGAUUAUGGCCUAGAUCCCGGUGAAUAUGGCGAGGGUGCCGAUGGAGAAUGGGAUGAAGGUGCUGAAGGUCUACCUUUCACCGAUGAGGAUGCCGCAAACUUGUUCCGCGAUCUCCUCGAUGACUAUCGCAUUACCCCCUUCACGCCUUGGGAUAAGGUUAUCGCCGAUGAUACUGAGGCGAGCAUUCUCAACGAUGAUCGAUAUACUGUGCUACCUAACAUGCGGGCUCGAAAGGAGGUAUUUGAUGCGUGGGCAAAAGACAAAGCCGCACAGCUGAAGCAGGAACGAGCGGCGAUGGAGAAGCAAGACCCCAGGAUCCCAUAUCUCGCCUUCCUGCAUGAUAAAGCGACGCCCAAGCUAUACUGGCCCGAGUUCAAGCGCAAGUUCAAGCGCGAGGCGGAGAUGAACGAUCGCAAGCUCAGCGACAAGGAUCGAGAGAAGCUGUACCGUGACCACAUCAACAGAUUGAAGCUUCCAGAAAGUACGCGCAAGGCGGAUCUCCAGAAUUUGCUGAAGAGUGUCCCUCUCAAGGCUCUCAACCGCGACACUAGGAUGGAGCUUCUACCGCAGCAGCUUCUCUCCCAUCUUCACUACAUUAGUUUGCCGGAGACGACGCGAGAUGCGAWCGUCAACUCUCAUAUCAAGAACUUACAGGCUGCACCUGAAGACGGCGAUAUGACCGAUGAACAGCGAAUUAAAGAUGAAAGACGACGCGAGGAAAGAAGUCGCCGUGAAAAGGCUUUAGCGGAUCGUCAACGUCAGGUUGACGAAGAACGGCGUCGCGCAGAGAAGGACGAAGCCAGAGCUAGAAGAGAGUUGCAAGGAGAGGAGCGCGAGUUGCAGAAAGCCAUGGCAGUCUCCAACCGGGGUUUGAAAGCGCAACUUCUCGCAAGCAAUGACGGCGAUCAAAUGGAUACCGAUAACUGA